AUGAGAUUUCACGGGAGGAAAAAAAAACCACUGACAUCGCCAUCCAGAGUAGUUGAAAACCCCACUCCUCUUCAAGGAUCAUCUAGACAGCCCUCUCCUACCAGGAAACCACCAGUUAAUGAGCCAAUUGACCGGCUAUCGGCACAGGAUGGACCAUAUCUACGGCAUCCUAAUGGUGCGACGACCCCAUCGCCAACUAGAAGGUCUCCGUCGCCUAGGAAAAUACCUCCCGUACCCAUCGAACAACAAAUCCUCGCGGAGAUAGAGGUGGCUGAGCCAUUGAAAAAUAUUCAUUAUCGAUCGCCCACAUUAACCCAGUUCACUUCAAACAAAUUUAAGAAGAAGUUGGUCAAAGAGUUGGUAAAUGAACCGAUUGAAGAUGAUGAGGAAGAAGAAGGACAUCAAGUAAAGGGUUCUGCGGCCCAUGACGAUGUGUCGUCGUACGGUUUAAAGUGUUUUAGGGACGAGAACCCCAAUUUCCGCUUUAUAAGCCAGGAGAAAUUGGAAUCAUUGAAAUUAUUUCCAGUUGAACAUUAUCCUUCAAUGUCUGCGGUUCCUACAAGGUUCCUGCACUUGAACGUUUCCAAAGUUGCCAUCACCAAUGUCACGGAAGUUGGGGAAUUCGAUUACUUAUUUGACAAUCGCAAAACAAAACAACACAUGGCAAGCAAAAAACCCCUUGAAAGACCACAUUCAGUGGCAUCAUUUUCCAGUUUAGAAAGUGGAUCAAAAUUAAAGAAAUUUUCUACAAAGGCCAAAAGGUUCAGUCAAAUCGCCGACCAAAAAUUAACGGAAAAGGCCCAGCGGCGAUUCGGAAAUCAUAUGAAUAAUCAUCAUCAUUUAAGACCAGAACUAUCUUCAAUGCCUACUAAUAAUUCAUUAUACCUUACCGAUACCAAUUCUCUGGUAUCUGACUUGGCUAAAAUAUCACAAUUAAAUACCCAAUUAUUGACCCAGCAGCAAAAUAGCCAGUUCUUCAUCAAGUAUCAUGUAUUCUUAUUCGAUUCGACAAGAAUGAUCUUGAGCACCAAUCCUGAUAGAAAGCACGUCUAUUGUAAAUAUGCCCCUGGGUUCACGGUGAAUAUCCAACACCCAAGAUUGCUGCACGAUCAAUUAAUGGCUAUCCAUCAAGGAGGAACCCCUUGGAAGAAAUCAGAUGAAGGAUUCAGAUUAGUUUUAAAAGUGGAUGGCGACGAAGACUCUAAUAAACCAAUGAUUGUCGUGACGAAAAAAAGCAAGCUCAAAGGCAAUGGCUACGUGGUGUGGUUGCUACGCCGCACGAUAUUAAAUGAGAACAAAGAGGUCGAAAUCCAAGAAGAACACGAAUUAAACGAGUAUUGGCAAAGAGAAAUGGUAGAAUCACCGUUCUACGACGCUUUCCAAAACUCCGAAUUGAGGAAUGCGGUACGAAGGGCUGAUACCAAAAAAAUCAUGAAUCGGUACGAGAUCAACGACUUCAACGAGCUAAAGUGGAUCAUUGGGUCGAUUCCCAAAGUUAAAAGUUCCAAUUUUAGUAAGUUUAAGAAUUACUCUAAAGAUUUACUAACCGAAGGAGCCAUUGAUUCUAAAGUUGACGGUUCAAAGAUCAGCCAUAAAUACGAUGUGUUCUUUUUCACCCAAAACAAUACCAUCAAGAACUUGAAUGUGACACUUCCAGAAACCACCGGCAAUAAUAAAUACGGAGUGAUGGAGAAUAAAGUCUUGGCUAUGUUUAGACCUCACGAGACUAAAGCCCGGAAGCGGCUCGUGAAGGAUUUGAAGAGGUUCAAGAAUAAAACCUCCGAUAAGUUCUACAUUAAUAACUCAAAGAGUAGCUACGAUUACAAUCCCAUGAACCCAGAGAGUAUUGAAGAUGAUUUCAAUAAUGAUGACGCUUCCUCAAUGAACACACAAUUGCCAGGGUACGAGGAGUCGAAGCGGGAAAUUUUUUAUCAGCCAGGAGAUGGAAUCGUCAUGAAGAAUACCCCUGAUGAUUCUCCUAGUAACCUCAAGAUGGGCUGGUUGACCAUUUACAAUGAACUGUGCUUGGCCACUCCAGGGAUGUUUGAAUUGGUAUUGGGGUUGACGUUGGCAGUUGGGUACGAACGUGUCAUCAAUAUGCAAAAUGAGAGAAGUGAAGAAAUACACUAG